AUGAAAAAAUAAACUUAGUUGACUAAAUUUUUCUCAAAGAAACCUAAAGAAUAACAAUAAUCUCCUCUUAGAACCAAAUUAAAUGAUUAUGUAAAGUUAUAAAUAAAUAAUUUGAUAGUUAUUUUUUUGUACUCCUCCUACAUAAGAAAUUUAAACUAAAACACAAAAUCCUAAUACCAAAAAGAAAUUCUCUAAUAAUUUAGACAAUUGGAUUAGGAAAUCUACUUUAUAAUAAAAAAAGUGGUAAUUUAAUUUUAGCUAUCAAAAAAGGCCAUUUUUACCAAAAAAUUUGAUUUAUUAGAUUUACAAAUUCUUGUUAUUAAGAGAAUGUGCCACUUGUUCCUAAGUUUGUAAAUUUUGGAUGAUUUGUUAUAAUGAUAUCUACUUCUCUUAUAGUUUUUUUAGGGAAUUUGAAACUUCUCAGUAAUUUUAUUGGUUUAAUAGUUUGAGGUUUAAUGAAAAAGAACUAGCAACUGUACUUAAACGAUCUAGUAAAGAAUUAAAACACAUAAAAAAAGUACAAGAUAUAAUAAAAGGUUAAAAAAUCAGUUCGUUUUUAGAAAAAACUGAACUUAGAACUAUGUUAUCUGACAAUUCAUAAUAACAAGGAUCAUUAUUGGAAUUGUUCAAUUUAGAACCUAAAUAAUAAUAUACAUCUGUGUUUUUGACAGAUAAAGAUUUAAGUAGUAUUUGCACAGAAAGCUAGUAAAAAUAUUUAAAUGUUAAAAUUUUAGUAAGUCUCUCUAAUAUAUUUAAUUAAUAAGCUGUUAAUUUAUGACUGGUAAAGGUUUUGAAGUUAUUGGAAAAUGUGUACAAUUAACUUUAAUCAAUAUCUAAAACAAUAGUAAUUUGAAAGAUGAAAAUAUUAAGAUUAUUUUAGAAUAAGUGCAAGAACUUAAAACUUUGAUGCUUUUAAAAUGUGACGGUUUGACUACUAACAUAUUUGAAACAAUAGGAAAUAAUUGUAAGAAAUUAGAAAGACUUGAUAUUGGAUGCAAUCCAUAAUUAGAUUUAACUAAAGUAAUCGAAAUGUGAAUUAAUACUUUUAGUGCAAUCCUUUAAAAUAGAUUAAAACAUUAUAAUCAUUUUCAAUUAAAGCCAAUUUUGUUUCAAAUGAAGCGUUAGAAGUAAUAACAACAAAUCUUUACAAAUUGCAUAGCUUAAAUUUAGAAGGUUGCUAAGAAAUAAAUACGUAUUCCUUAUUGUAGAUUUAGAAAUUAAAUUUGUAAAGGAUUAAUUUGAAAAAAAUUUAAUUAAAAGAAGAGGGUAUAUAUAUAAUUACAAUUCUAUAGACAUCUAUAAUUUUAUUAUUAAAGCAAUGAGCAUUAAAUUAUUGCUUGUUAAUAAUAAUUUAUUGAGUACUCGAGUAGAAAAGAUAAUCCAUUCUAGAUAAUGA